AUGGCAAUGAGUAAACUCACCAUUGUCAUCUCCUUGCUCCUGCUCUCAAUGGCCUUCCCCUCCAUAACCGCCUCCGAAGAACUCCCAACCAAAACUGUGGAGAAGCGUGUAGUUGUAGUGGUGGAAGGCAUGGUCUACUGCCAAAAAUGUGAGCACUUUGGAACAUGGUCUCUGGCAGGAGCUGAGCCAGUCCCGGCUUCUAAAAUAAGUGUUAUCUGCAAAGACCACAAAAAUCGAGUCAGCUACUAUAAGGCAUUCGAAACAGAUGCACAUGGGUACUUCUAUGCCCAGCUUGAAGGCUUCAAGAUGAGCCAUUACUUAUUGGAUCAUCCGCUCCACUCGUGCCAUGUGAAUCUUGUUUCAUCCCCUCUUAAAACCUGCAACCUUUUGUCCAAUGUUAAUUAUGGACUCAAUGGCUCCCCUCUCCGUUAUGAAAAUAAGAGCUUACAAGGAAAUAAUUAUGAGGUUGUGGUUUUUGCAGCAGGACCCUUAGCUUUCCGUCCAUCACAUUGCGCUCCAAGCACUCUACCAUAA